GUGACAUUACAGGUCAACGGGGCCAAUCUCAGCUCCAUACACAUGAUUGGUGUCAGUUUAGGGGCCCACAUUUCAGGUUUCACUGGGGCCAAUUUUAAUGGAAGAAUUGGCAGGAUAACAGCGCUGGAUCCAGCAGGGCCGGAGUUUAACGGUCAGCCCCCCAGCGAGCGUCUCGACCCGUCUGAUGCCCAGUUCGUGGAGGCCCUGCACACAGACAUGGACGCGUUGGGCUAUCGUGAUCUUCUGGGUCACAUCGACUAUUACGCAAACGGUGGAGCGGAUCAGCCUGGAUGCCCCAGAACCAUCUUUUCAGGCCUCUGUGUCGCUAUGAUCUUCUGCUGGAGGAGAAUAAAGAUGUGACGUUCAGACCGAUUCCCUGUGAAGACUCGAACGUCUGAACCACCCGCUGGCUCUCUCGGUCAGUUACUGAAGCGGCUGUCAUUAGUCUUUAACUCAAAACGAUCUGAAGCGGUUCCUCUCGGGUCAGCGUCAGUGUUGUCUUCCAGAGUCCCUUCAGAAUUGUUUGUUUUAUUCUCUUCAUGAAGGGACAGCUACAUUUGUUUUUAUGUAAAGUAAAUAAAUAUUUUCGUAAAUAUAUUUUUUUCUUGUUUUUGCCUCUUUAUGUCAGUGAUAUUUAUGGUAUUACUUUAAUUUUCUUUGUUUUAACGCUGUUGUUACCAGUGUUUUUCCUACAGGACCCCUUUUUACAUCACUCCACUUCUUGGCUUUCUGCUCACUGCCUUUAAAAUUAAAUCAUGAUAUACCCAUGCAUGUAUAAAUAUUAUAGCAAUGUUAAUACAUUUCAUAACACGCUACCAUUUAAAAUUUGGGGGUGCAGUAACUUUGUUACGUUUUUGUUUGUUUGUUUUCAGUUGAUCAAAAGAGACUUUUACAUUGUUACAGAAAAUUCCAUUUUUAAAAAAAUGCAAGUUCUUCCUGUUCAUCAGGCUUCUGAAUAAAUGUAUCAUUAAG